GAGAGGACGCCGUAAAAUAAACGAAUUGACACGAUUGUAGUAUCUUACAAACAUCUAAAUAAUCUAAAUAAAUCCUUUCAUCAAAAUGACGAUUGGAAAGAAUAAUAAAAUGCAACAGCAUAUCAAUUACCGAGUAAGGGUAAUACUGCAAGAUUCCCGUACCUUCAUUGGAACUUUUAAAGCGUUCGAUAAACAUAUGAAUCUCAUAUUAGGGGACUGCGAAGAGUUCAGGAAAAUUAAAUCCAAAAACAGUAAAAAUGUUGAUAGAGAAGAGAAAAGAACCCUGGGUUUCGUAUUACUAAGGGGUGAAAACAUAGUUUCGUUGACUAUUGAAGGCCCACCGCCUCCAGAAGAGGGCUUGCCCCGCGUUCCUCUUCCUGGGGCCAUGGGAGGGCCAGGCGGUGGUCGAGCUGCGGGCCGUGGAUCUGGUCCUGGCGGGGCUCCUCCUGGGCUACAAGGUCCAGCUAGAGGUGUAGGAGGUCCCUCACAACAACACAUGGCACCUGGAUCUAGAGGCCAACUUUCUGCACCACCACAAAUGCGUGGAGGUCCAAUGAUGGGAGGCCCUCCUCCAGGAAUGAUGGGUGCACCUCCUGGCAUGGGUAGGGGAGGUCCUGGUGGAAGGGGACCACCUGGCAUGCGACGUUAUUAAUUCUUAGUGAUAAUGUGUAAUGUAUGUAUGAAGACUGAAUGAAGUGGGACAGUAAUUUACUGUUUUGGUCAAUGUUUGUGUCUGGUUUUAAUUAU